ACCCACACAGACUGAGAUAACUGAUGCACCGGCAAUGUCAAAGUUGUCACGUUAUUAAGCGACCUCGGGGAUGUAUUAAUGAUCACAUAAACCUAAUUUAAAACGAGAAUAACGGAAGAUAACCUUCGUUAGAAACAUCGGUUUACAUUUUUGAAGACCGGCUUGAUUCCUUUUUUCUUUAUAGCCUCUUGUAGGCUUCGGAACUCGACAAGAUGCGCGUCAACAUUCAGAUGUUGAUAUCCCAUGGCCGGGUGGCCCGUAAAAUGGGUCUCGGUCCAGAGUCGCGAAUAAACAUGCUUCGGAACAUUCUUACCGGCCUCGUUCGACACGAGAGGAUAGAGACCACCCGAGGCAGAGCAGACGAAGUUCGAUUUUAUGCUGAAAAGUUGAUUGACUAUGCCAAGAAGGGAGACACUGACGAGAAAGCGAUGAAAAUGGCAAAUUUCUGGCUCACAGAAAAGGAUCUGAUCCCAAAGCUCUUCAAGGUCCUGGCUCCCAGGUUUGAGACCCAGCCCAAAGCCUACACCCGCAUGGCCCGCAUUCCCAACAGGGAGAACCUGGACAAGGCUGCUAUGGCCGUGCUUGAGUAUAAAGGCAACCCGUUCCCACCUCUCCAGACCGCCAAACGAGACAAUGAACUCACACUAAUCAACCAGCUCCUCAAAGGCUACAGAGAACAGCGGGCACAGCAGGCAGCAGCCAAGGUUGAGGCAUAAUGCAACCAGCCACACUGACAUUACAUGUAUUACAGUUUUUAGAUGUCUGGCUACAGUAUUUGACUUUCUGUGGACUCCACAAAAUAAAUGUGAUUGUAUGACAAUGUUACGCGUUCUGUUUAUGGCACUAAUGUGAAUUUAAGAUGUGCUUAAAUCAAACAGGUUUGAUAUGCUGUUAUUAUUCCCUCUACCGGUUCAGAAACAUGUCCCCCAAACGUUUCAUUAUCAUCAUGGUUGAUGUCCUGUUUUUAAUCUCUCUACUGAUUCAGAAUAAACAUCAGGCAGUGGCAAAUAGA